ACCUUCCUUCAGCUUCAAUCUUCGUCUUAGACGUCCAUCACGCGUCUUCAAACCGGAGUAUCUCAGAGCAAGCGCUUCGAAGCUGACAGUGUUGCUGCUUAAUCGAUCGAUUACCUGAAAGCCACAUUGAUAUAUCUGCUCGUCGCGCGUUACUCGGGGGAGUGUUAGAUUCUCUAGUAACGUUUAAAGACGCGCCGUAGGCCUCCGACAUUGAACGUUCACGACAUCUGUAGAUUGGUUGUAGUUGCACGUUCUAAAAGAAGUGAGAUCCAGACGGAGUGAGUUUCUGGUUUCUGAGUGACUAAGUCGACCCCCGGAAUUAAACAUUUACCAACGGGGUGAGUUUUUGUCUCACGGAGUGACGGCGACAUGAGGCCGGUCGUCGCGCCGCAUCAAGCGCUACUCGCCGGCAGUAGGACCAACCUCCCUGCCGCUUCCGCAACCACUUCCGCCUGCGCCUCCGCUUGUGCCUCCUCCGCUUCCGCCUCCGCGUCCGUUUCCGCUUGCGCCACCGCGGCUUCCGCAUCCGUUUCCGCAGGCGGCGUUUCCCCCCGCAGGAGGAGCGGAUCGUACGCUAGAGCCGUCCGAUCGCCCACAAGGGCCGUCAGAGCCGUCAGAUCUCUCAGGGUCUCCGGCGACGAUUGCGGUGGGCCCAUGUUCCGUCUCGCAGCAGCGGCAGCGGCGGCUACAGCAGCUUCAGCGCGCAGACAAUCCGCUACAGCCGCUCGAACAGCUACAGCCGGCACCGCCGGUAGAACAGCCAAAUCGGCUGGUACGGAUACAGCCGGCAGAGCAGCUACCACUGCUACAGCCUCUAGAAUGGCUACAGCCGUUAGACCAGCUUCAGCGGCUAGGGCGGCAACAGCCCUUACAACAGCUACUGUAGCAACAACCGCUACAGCCGCUACAGCCGAUUUAACAGCUUUAGCGGUUAGAACAGGUGCAGCCGUUCAGACGCCUGCAGCUACUACAGCCGCUAGAACAGCUACAUCCCGCAAGGACCAGGCAUCCCGGUUUGCCUGGAACAGACCGGCUGUAGCGCAACGGGGUGUAGGCUACAGCUCGACGGUUCUCCCGGUUUCCCAACCGGGUGUAGUUGAUCCAGCCGUUUUUCAAUCGGCUGUAGCUCGUUCAAUUGUAUCGGCUGUAGCUCGUUCAGUCGUCUCCCAACCGGCUGUAGCUCGUUCAGCCGUCUCCCAGCCGGCUGUAGCUCGUUCAGCCGUUUCUCAACCGGCUGUAGCUCGUUCAGCCGCUUCUCAACCGGCUGUAGCUCGUUCAGCUGUUUGCCAAUCCGCUGUACCGCAACCAGAUGUAGGUAGAGGGAAUUCGCCUGUAGCCGCUGCCACGUCGCUGGGUGCUUCUUAUUCGUCCACUCUGAUCCACGGCACCAUCAGUCGUAGCAGCAUCAACAGCAGGAGUAAUAGCAGCACUGGCAGCAGCAUUGGCAGCAGCAGCAGCAGCAGCCGAGGUUUUGCAGCUGGAUUCUCGAGCAGCAGAAAAGGCGGUUUUGGGGCCGCUAGCGCCGGUACCAAAAGCAGCAGAACGAGCAGUAAGGGUGGGAGACCUACCCUCGGGCAUGUAGCAGCUGCUGCUGGUAGCGGGUCUGCUAAUAGCGGAGCAGGGGGCGGGUCGUUGAGUGAGAGGGCGAAGAAAGGAGCUCUGGUAGAAUUCGAGAAGGAGCACCAGAGACACGUGGUGGGGGUGGUGGUCCGGCCUGAGGGGAAGAAGAACUGGAUCGUUAUGGAUCAGAACGGCAACACGUUCUCAGUGCGGCCGCAGCAGCUCACGUUUGUGGAGGUGGGGGAGGAGGAUUUCAACGCUGCUGAUCUACCGUCCUUCCUCUCCUCCGUCGAAUCUCUAAUGGCGGAUUCCUCCCUUCUGGAGAUGGUGUGGGAGAUGUUUCUCCCCGAGCAGCCCACAGUCACCACCCUUGAGUUUGCAGAGAUCGCCUUUGGAGAGGCUGAGGACCCCCUGAUUCCCCACUUUGCCGCCCACCGCCUGCUGACUGCCGACCGGAUCUUCUUCAAGCGAGUUCGAUCUAUGGCGCACUCCUUCGAGCUUCGCCCUCCAACACAGGUGGAGCAGCUAAGGAAGCAAGCAGCAGCAGAGGCAGCAGUGAGGGCAGAGCAAGAGGAAUUCGUGACCAGCAUUCGAGAAGCACUGCGAUUGCCACCAGGGCAAAAACCAACGCCAGAAGUUUGGAGAGAGCGGAUAGAGCAAGGAGAGGCAGGGGAGGGGGGUGAAGCAGGGGGGGGAGAGGGGGAUGGGCAUGGGCAUGUGCAUGGGGGGCAGGGGCAGGGGGUUGGGCGUGGGCGUGGGGGUCCGGGACUGGCUGCACGGGUGCAGGCGCUUUUGGAUUAUGCGGAAGAGAAGCCAGGUGGCAACUCGGCAUUGGCUGAAGAGUCCCUGCAGCUCCUAAGCUGUGUGCGAACCCCAGAAGCGGCCUGUGACCUGCUCGUUCGCAUCGGCGCUCUCCCCUUCCACGCCCAUGCCUUCCGCCUUGCUGCAUCUGCCGUGCCAGCAAGCUUUCCCAAGAGCGUUUCUACCUACUGCGCUAGUCUUGCUGCAAACCCCCCUCCAGACCCAGACGAGGGCAUUCGUGUCGACUUAACACAUCUCAAGGUCUACACCAUCGAUUCGUACGACACAGUAGAAGUAGACGAUGGGCUGAGUGCAGAAACCCUCCCGGAUGGGCGGAUCAAGGUUUGGAUCCAUGUGGCAGACCCGAGCCGCUGGAUGAGGCCCGGCGACAGGCUCGACACGGAGGCUCGGAAAAGAGCCACGUCAGCGUAUCUGGCCACGGGAGCCGUGCCUAUGAUUCCGUUUUCGCUUGCUGCUGGCCCUAUGAGUCUCUCUCUUCCUCCUGCUGCUGCUGCUGCUGAUGGUGGUGCUGCUGGGGAGUUUUCGAAUGCCGUCUGCGCUGUUACUGUAGUCGUCACAUUGAGCCCCGAUUUCAGCAUCGAUGAUGUGGACAUCAUGAAUUCUUUCAUCUGCCCGACUUACCGCCUGGCCUACGACCAGCUGCCCGAAAUGCUUGCAAUGGCGGGCGAGCAUGAGCCAGAGCUCCUCCUCCUAUCAGACAUCGCCACGGGAAGGUUACGUUACCGCAUGCAAAAUGGGGCAGCAGAUAUUUCCAUCCCCGAAUCCGACAUCAAAGUAACCGCCGCCUCGUCACACUGCCCGGAAAUCUCGGUCAGCACAAUCGACCAGUCCGAUCCGUCCCGGAGGCUCGUGUCCGAAGCUAUGGUGCUGUGCGGCGAAGCCGUGGCUAGGUUCGGCGCCGAACGUGACCUGCCCUUGCCGUACCGGGGCCAGGGGCCCCCGGACCGGAUGACUGAGGAGGAUGAGGAGGAUCUGCAGGCGUUACCAGAGGGGCCAUGCAGGGCGGUGCACUUGAGGUCGUUUAUGAGUCGCAGUGAGAUCAAGUGCUCUGGGCCCAUACCCCAUGCUGGGCUCGGGCUGCAGGGCUAUGUGCAGUUCUCGUCGCCCAUCCGCAGAUACUCGGACCUGCUGGCUCACUACCAGGUAAAAGCCCUGCUACGAGGAGAGCCGCCCCCACUGACCGUAUCGGACCUGGACACAAUCGUAUCUCACUGCGGCGCCCGGCAGCGCGAGGUGCGGCGGGCCGAGGACGCGGUAGAGCGCUACUGGCUGCAGGAGUACCUGAGGAGGCUCCCGGCCAAUACCGUGCUGACAGCUGUCAUGCUCAAGUGGCUCAGGGCCGAUGGGAGCCCGCUGGCGCUGAUGCUGGUGGAGGAGGUGGGAAUGGAGACUGUAAUGAGAAUGCAGCGGGAUGUGCGUGUGGGUGACUCGGUGGAUGUGAUUAUAGCGGAGGCUGACCCCCAGAAGGACAGGCUGCGGCUGAUGGAAGCCCCUCCGAGCUUCAGAGAGGCUCAAACGAGGAGCCUCAUGGAUGGGGAAAGGGAAGAGGAGGAGACGAGUGAUAUUAAUGGGGAAGAGGAGGUCAGUAGUGUGUGGGAGAGUGAGACAGAGGAAGGCAUAGUGGCCAUACCUGCUUCAAAGCUGUGAUGCGACUGCUGCUGUAUAAACUGUUAUGUAGAUGACGAAACAAGUAGAGGGGACAGGGAAGAGGAGGAGGAGGAUGGGGGAGAUGAGGAAGCAAGGAGACUUGCUGAUGAAGGUGGCGCUGACGGUGUGUGGGAGGGACUUUUGAGGCGCCUCAAAACUUGCUGAUGAAGGUGGCGUUGACGGUGUGUGGGAGGGAGAGACAGAGAUAGAGGUAGGCGUAGUGGCCAGACCUGCUGCAAAGCUUUGAGGCGGUGAAGCUGUGAGGCGGCGAAGCUGUGAGAAGACUGCUGCAUGACAUACAGUCCUGUGUGUUUGUAGCAGAGACUGAUGGAACAAGGCUAUGGCGGAUGUAAGGGCGUGGUACCUUGGGUUCAAACUGGCUAUUUUUCUGGGCUUCAAGAAGGGUUGAAGGCGGUUUAGAUUCAUUCUGUCAAAUAAAGGCGGCGUACAGAGUGGUGAGAGUUUGAAAACCAGCUGUUUCGACCCUAAAGUACCGCGCCCUACUGGAAGUACCUCCUAGCUUCAGAGAGGUUCAGACGGGGAGCCUUAUGGAUGGGGAACGGAGGAGGAAUCGGGUGAUUGUGAAAGCUUGCUUGGGUCACCUUGGCAAAGGCAGCGUGCUUCAUUUCAUAUGGGCUACAGUACAUGGUUCUCGUCCAAUAGACUACACCGUCCAAUAGGUAAGGCCCAGUUGUGGGAGCAACUGGGAUCCAUGAGCCCUUGCCGUCUUGAUCCGUCUUGGAGUGCGGGAUUAGGAUCCACAUAGACUCCUCGUCGAAGUGGAUGUCGUUCCACUGGAUGGAGACGAGGUCGGAGUAGCGGAGGAAUGCCGCGAACAUGAGGAGUGGGAUCAGUCCUUUCUGAUAUUCUGCCGGGCUGCUCGACUCAAGGAAGGGGUGUGCCAUGGCGUGCACCUGGUGGAGCGACAAGGGUUCCUUCGUCCUGGUGGUGCACGGGCCGUGGCGUUUGGAGAAUUCACGAACUUGUGAAGUGAAAGGCCCGCUAGUGGGAGAGGGUUCUCCGGUCAUCCGAUGUGCAAAUGCGACGGCGGAGCACGUAAGGGAUAUGGCGGAUACUGUGGCCUGAUUGUUGAGGGCAUAGACAAGGUAGAGCGCUAGAGUGGUGUCUGUGGCAGGCAGGUAGCUCAGCUUGACCUUCGUGCAAAAGGAGCGGAACUUGAGCCAAUACGGCUCGUAGGUCCUUAUGGUGGAUGGCGCGCGGACAUGACUGAUUACCCGAAGUAGCUGUGUCUGUAGUUUUGAUAAUAAGCCUGAAAUACAGAGAGCCCAGGCACGGUGGGGUUAUAUUUUAUAUGUC